AUGUCGCGUGCCUUACUCAACACCGCUCGAACGGCUUCUUACAUAAGUCGAACAAGACCACGUCUCACCUCAUCGUUGCUGUCGAUUCCGGGCGCCCUGGGGCCUACUCCUCAAUCAAGAUGGAGUUCUCAUUCACCUAUGGGCGCUGCGCCAGCGAUAGUCCGCAAGCCUGUCACUAUCAACACUCUCCAGAGUCUAUAUCGCAAGAACGAGCCUAUCACCAUGAUCACUGCGCACGACUUUCCUAGCGCACACGUCGCCGACCAUGCCGGAAUAGACAUGAUACUAGUCGGAGACAGUCUUGCGAUGGUUGCGCUAGGCAUGGAAGAUACAAGCGAAGUCGUCAUGGAGGAGAUGCUGUUGCAUUGCAAAUCAGUUGCUCGCGCGACAAAAUCUGCGUUCACGGUGGGUGACUUGCCCAUGGGAAGCUAUGAGAUCUCUCCCGAACAGGGUCUAGCAUCCGCCAUCCACAUGAUCAAAGUCGGUCGUGUAAAGUCGGUCAAGCUCGAAGGCGGAAAGGAGAUGGCGCCAACAAUUGCCAAAAUCACCGCAGCUGGCAUACCCGUGGUUGCUCAUGUUGGCCUUACACCUCAGAAGCAGAACUCCCUUGGUGGAUUCCGUGUUCAGGGCAAGAAUACCGCAUCAGCGCUCAAGCUGCUUGAGGAUGCUCUUGCAGUUCAGGAGGCAGGCGCUUUUGCUGUUGUAGUAGAAGCUGUUCCUGCCGAGGUUGCCACACUUGUCACGAAGAAGCUUAGCAUUCCCACGAUAGGCAUUGGUGCCGGCAGCGGCUGCUCAGGUCAAGUCUUGGUUCAGACCGAUAUGCUUGGUAACUUCCCGCCUGGUCGUUUCCUACCCAAAUUCGUCAAGAAGUAUGGCGAUGUUUGGGGCGAGUCCAUAAGGGCAAUCUCGCAGUACAAAGUCGAGGUCAAGGGUCGAGCCUAUCCAGCACUCGAACAUACGUACCCGAUGCCACAGGAGGAGUUUAGCGAGUUCGAAAAGCUGAUUGAGGAAAAGCGGAACACAGAUUUGUGA